AUGCAAACUGAACAGCUCACACAAGUACACGUCGGGAACGGUGAUGGAAACGUUCAGCCCAUUUCGCCACAAAACUUUGAUGUGGCCUGCUUCUCUCGUGAGGAAGCUCGGUUCCAGGAAAAGCUGCUGAAGCUUUGCCCUGCGAACCACUGGCACAAGGCUUCUUACACGGCAGGAUGUCCGCGACCUGUGCUAGUGGGCCAACAUCACCAGCAGCAGCUGAAAGAUCUCCACGAAGCUUUGACAGCGGCCAUCACGGAUGUUGUGCAACGAUGGUGGAGUGACAGAGACGCACGGUUCCCAGAACGUAUGCCACUGGAGGCGAAGGAGGAGGAGCUUCUGCAAUGGAUCGAGGGCCAAGUCACUAUCGGGAACCUGCCGCAGUUCUCGCAGUGUCGGGGAUCAUGGCGUCCAGACUUUCUCGUGGAGGACAACGGCGAACGCGAAGAGAACUACUGUAUCACAGAAAUCAAUGCGCGUUUCUCCUUUAACGGAUUUAUGCACGAGGCUUAUGGCCAGUCGGCAACCAACGACAGCCUAGGGAGCGCGGAGACGGUGCUGAUCCCCGCAACUGACCCGGACACUAUCCUUGAAGGACUAUUCGACUUGUUCGAUCCCGAGUAUCCACUCCAUCUCCUGAAAGGCGCCGAAAAAGGGAUUGACAUCCACAUGUUCAUCGAUGCCGUCGAACAUCGUUGCGGCGUAAAGCCACGACUCAUCGUCCCCGCAGAUCUUAGGCUAUUCCCCGAUUCGCGCAGCAAAAGCGGGUUCCGGCUAUGCCGUGCCAUACACGAUCGCGACGGCCAAGUCCCUAAUACCUGGAGAUUUCUAGCUCCACAUGGCGAGGUGUACGAAGAGAUACAGCAGGUUGGCCUCGAGUUACAUCAACGGGAACUUCUUGCCCUAGAGCCGGAAAUGCUGCGUCAGAUCAGCCUGCGGUGUUUCAAUGACAUGCGAACUAUACUUCUCGUACAUGACAAGAGGAUGCUGGGCAUAGUGAGACAGGAAAUCCCGCAGUUAGCAGCCCGCGGCGUGAUCACGGCAGCCCAAGCUGAAGCGUUACGUCUCGGUGUCGUUGAGACACUACUUCCUGGCUCAGAGGAGCUGAAAGGUCUGCUACAAGUUUCCCUUGUUUCUCCCGAUCUAAGACACGGCUACAUCCUCAAGCCGAUUCGCAGUGGCAAAGGAAAUGGCAUCAUUUUCGGAGACGAUGUCACGGCACCCGAAUGGAUAUCCCUCCUUCAAGCUCUCGCGACGCCCGGCGAAAUUUCGACAGAUUUGUGCGUAGUACAGAGGCUGAUCACUCCUCGUAAGUACAAUCUGGUGCUGCGUGCUUCAAUGGGAGUGGUCCGAUAUCCUCUGGUGGGUACGUAUCAUGUUGCAAACGGGAAGCUGCUAGGUCUCGGAACUUGGCGAGCGAGCGGAGGCCGAAUUGUUGCUGUAUCAUCUGGGGGAUCUUGGAUUUGUUCAGUUAUGAAAGGUGGAGAAGAUUUUCAGGAUGAAUGA